UCUCGACAAAGUUUGAGAAGCUAAUGGAAAAAAGACAUUUUAAUUGUUUUGAGAAGGGUUUGAGAGGGUAUAAGGAAGCUGAGUAAUUCUUUAAAAAUCAAAGUGUAUAGUUAGUUAGCAGCCGGCCGUGGUCAUUCCAGAAACCGUUACUAAAGAAGCAGGAAAUGGCGCCAAAGAAGAAGGCAUCUCCAUCUCCAUCUCCAUCUCCGGACCCUCAUGGAAUGUUCACCGGCAUGGUCGUCUUGCUAGUAGGAGGCGGUGUUCAAACUCGUCGACUACAGGUCUUCCGUUUUGUCAUCAGCAAAUUUCCUCCAAAGUUCCAAACUUUUGCGAACAUAAUUUCGUCAAGUCCAUUCAAUUCAGAUAUGGAAGCAGAAAUUGAUGCAGAUGGGAGCAAGUAUUGAAGACCAUUUCUCCAGAAAGGUCACACAUGUUUUCGCCGUGGACUCGGAUUUACUACUCAAAGAAGUUGAUCGGGAGCGGUUAAUUCGUUCCAAAACUAAAGUACUACAAUAUCAGUGGAUAGAGAGCAGUUUGAGAGAGGGAAAAGCAUUGCCUGAGGAUCUAUAUGUCAUAACUAUUGAAUCUGGAGGAGGAAAUAUGCAGAAUUUUCUGCAGAAAAUAGAAGCUACUGUGAUGAGCAGACCUCUAAGAAGAGCAGAGUCUCUUCAGAUGGUGCAAAUGUUGCAAGCCUAGAUCACAUGACGGUCACUGAACACUACAGUGGCAGUUCAUGCGACUCGGAUAUUGCAUCAAAUGUUUUAGGCCCAGAAGUUUCUAGUGAAGUUUUCCUUAAUCAUCAUAAUAAGGACUUCCUUUCAGAUUCAUCAUUACUUUAUAAACCUUCUGACUUAAACAAGAAUGUCACUGAGAUAUUUGGAAAGCUCAUCAACAUUUAUAGGGCACUUGGUGAUGAGAGAAGGUCAUUUAGCUAUUACAAAGCCAUCCUGGUUAUUGAGAAACUACCUUCCAAAAUUGAGAAUCUGGACCAGGUGAAACACCUUCCUAGCAUUGGAAAGUCAAUGCAGGAUCAUAUUCUGGAGAUAGUGAACACCGGGAAGCUAUCCAAGCUGGAGCAUUUUGAGAAGGAUGAAAAGGUUCGAACAAUCACUCUAUUUGGAGAAGUAUGGGGCAUUGGUCCAGCCACUGCACUAAAACUUUAUGAAAAGGGGAACCGAACUCUAGAUGUCCUAAAAAAUGAGGAAUCCUUGACAAAUGCCCAAAGAUUAGGUUUAAAAUACUUUCAUGACAUCAAAGUGAGGAUCCCACGGCAUGAGGUUGAAGAGAUGGAGCAACUUUUGAAGACGGCUGGAUUAGAGAUUUUGCCUGGGCUCAUGCACCUUAGAUUAUUGGCAGAAUCGAAGGGGUCUCGACAGGAUGAUACAGGGUUGUUUCUGGCUGCUACUCAGAGUUCCCGAGGGAAGCGGGGGGGGGGGAUGAAAGGAGCAAGCUUGAAGUUCGAGACGGAAAAAGAAGUAUUUGAUUUCCUUGGGUUUCCCUGGCUUGAACCUCACGAGAGGAACUUGUGAGGUUCAAUAUGUGAGAAAGAACCAUUAACAUGGGAAAAGCUCUGUCUAACUAAUCAGACUAGUCGCUUGCUGGCCCCUUAAGGGCGGGGAUGAUGGAUGGAUGGAUCAUUUGUUGUUAGAAAGUAUAGUGGAGGAGGCGAGGCGGGGCGUGGCAAGAACAAUCAAGGGGUGAGCCAUAGGCAUAGUCAUUCCAUAAACCUCUGUUGUUUCGAUAUCUUUUCCAUGCAGUGGGCUCCAAUUGAAGCAGUGGAAUAGCCUGGCUAGAGCCAUGAGGACCAGCGUCACACCUAGGGGUGCACCCGGGCACCUCCUCUUCCCCGCGCUGAAUGGCAGGAUCUUGAAGUCUGCCCCGUGGCUUAUCUCCACUCUCCCCACCGCCUCCGCCAGAUGCCUCUCUGGCC